UUUUCAAGUGUCAAAAAUACGUGACACUUCUACAGGUCCGUCAUAAAAAAAGCCACAUCAAAACCACCGUGAGACGUUGAGAGAUAUAAAAAACCAUGGGGUCCAAAAUCGAAUACGUGGAAUCGUCGCACAUGUAUGCCACUAACUACAUCCGCAAUUCAAAAGCUAUCGGUGUACUUUGGGGAAUUUUCACCAUAUGCUACGCGAUUAUCGGUGUCGUAGCCUUUGUGACACCCGAAUGGUUGGGAGAUUUGGAGCACGAAAAUCCGGGCAGAUUUGGCCUUUGGACUAGAUGUCACUACGGCGGAAAUGGUGAACUUGGAGAGGAAUGUGAGGGCAGCUUAGACAACUUAUACUCUAUUGCAAGCGUGCCUUUUAGAGUGAGCACCAUCCUUGUUGGAAUCGCUGUGAUAAUCGCCCUUUUGUCCAUAUGUGCAAUGCUUUUGUUCUUCUUCUGCCAGAGUACUACAGUCUUUUACUUGUGCGCUUGGAUGCAGGUAGUUUCAGCUGUCUGCAUGGCAAUUGGCGUUGCAGUUUAUCCUUUGGGCUGGGAUUCUCCUCAGAUUCGUGCAGUUUGCGGUGCAACUGCUUCCAGGUACAAUCCUGGCGCCUGUGCGGUGAGAUGGGCUAUUCCUUUGGCCACGAUUGCUGCUCUAGAUGCUGCGACCUUGGCUGCCCUCGCCUUUAUCUUGGCUUCCAGGCACGUCAGACUUCAGCCGGAGCCCUUCAACAACGGGUCAUUAUACAAAGGCGAAGUGAAUCCAGGAUACGUAAACGAGGCACAGAGCGUCGCUGGCUCCCGGAAGUCGUUGUCUCUUAGACCAGUACUCCUAGUUGCUCCGCCAGAACAAGAUCGGUACAGCGAACUCUCGAGGGCGAAAUCGCACUCCCAUCACAGCCUCUAUUCCCCAGCACCGUCACAUCCUGUUCACACGAUGUCGACGAAUACCCUCAGCCACUCCCAGCACAACUUUCAGCUCUGAUUCCGACGUCACGUCCACCCGAUAAUUAAUCAGUAACUUUGACACUGUCCGACUGACACGAUUUUUUUUUCGAACACGCAUCAUACCCUGAAAUUUACCGCAAGGCACUAUUGUAUUGAUUAGAUAUUCAUGCCACGGUUAUCUUCAAGCGAAACCAUGAGACGUGGAGUGGAAUUUCUAUUUACUAUUCAAGCUCCGUGAGGGAGAAUGAUCAAAAGAGGGAUGUGAAAUCGAGGGAAGCAUUAAUUGUGUGCGAUAAUAAUUAUAUACCUACGUAAUUAAAUUAUGAG